AUGGCGUUCGCACAAGAAGUCGAUCCUCGCAUGGCGCACCUUGCGCAGUUCCUACGACAGAACAAUGUUUCUUUGUGGGAGCGUCCAUACUGGCAGGACAGCCAGGCGAACAUCCCGCAGCAUCUACUUGAGGCGGCUGCCGAAGAAUGUCGCAUACCGAUCGAGAUUACCUUGGAGCUCCUCUUAGACCUCCAGAAGCACGCUCUCCAACGGAAGGAAGAACGGCAACUUCUCAGCGAACAAGGGAUAGUCACCAUAAAAGUGAAGCUUCAGCGAAAGGACUAUAACUUGAAGAUCCCGAUAUCGUCUUCCGUCGCGGAUUUGUACGGAAUGGUUUCAAAAGCAGCUGAGAUUCCAAGAGAGCGCAUCAGAUUGAUUCUCAAUGGCCAGAAAUUACUCGACGAGGAUGUUCCUCUCAGCGGGAAAAAUAUGAAAAACAAUACGAAAAUUGUCGGUAUCGUGACUAGUGCCAAGAUCGAGGAGUUUAUCCGGGACGAACUCGCGAUUAUCGACUCGAAUCGUAAGACUAACGCAGCGAAAGCCAAUGCCAGAACCAUUUCAGCCUUGAAUCGUUGCGAGAUAACGAAUCAGUUCGGGGAAAAAGUCGAAAUUCCCGACAAAAUAAAGUUAGAUCUGACCGCUGCACUCAGCUUACACGACAAAGGACGCUCCGAGCUGAGGCGGGGGAAGUCGGAACAAGCGUUGAAUUAUCUCCUCGAAGCUGAAAGGAUCUCACAGAGCAUCGAUGUUUCAUCUUAUCCUGUUCUGGAACGAUUGAGCAACGUUCCGCUGCUGAACUUGGACAUUGUGUGGUGUUUCCUAGAAGCUGGCUCGAUGAACCACUCAAGUGAUUGUGACAGAAGACUGCUGUUGGCCGAAGAGGGCUUCAGGAAAGCCUACGGUCCGAAUAUGGAGCGGGUGACGAAAGCCAAGGGGAACGCAACAAACGAGCAAACUCUCUCUGUCCGUCUCAAACUGCUCCAAGGCGUGAGCGCGUUCUAUAAGGCCAGCUACGGAGAAGCUCGGCGGAAGUUCAGUGAGGUGGAAACCUUGAUGGCGAAGCUCGUAGUGAACGAAGAUCAUCUGUUGACGCUCAUGAGCUUCGGAUACACCGCGAAGGAAUGUCGAUUAGCUCUACGCCAGACGAAUAACAUUGUAGAGCUCGCGUUGACGUACCUCGAAGAGAAGCAAAUUCGUCGCAAGAACGAAUACGAGCGAUGGAAAUCGGAGCAACAAGGGAAAUAUUUGGAGGGAAUAAACAAAACCUUGUAUGAUCGUAUGAUAGACGACGUAGGAGUCACCCCAGCCACGGCAAGACGCGCUCUACUCGAGUUCCAAAACGAUUAUAACAGAGCCGUUGAUUUCGCUAUGGAAUAUGAAUGCUCUGUGAACAAACGUAGGCAAGAUCGCACUUCGGGCUCUGCUAAUCGAGGAGGCGAAGCGAUCAGGACGGAUGAGCCUGGCCCCAGCUCCGCCAAAAGUUCCAAAAAUUCUUCCUCCGACUCAGAUGUAGCAGCUUUGAUCCAAAUGGGCGUCGAAGCAAGCUGUGCCGAGGAGCUUCUGAGAUUCUUCAAAGGCUCCUUGAUCGAUGCGGAGAACUUUUUGCUGACUGGUAACUCCAACAAAGACACUCAGGUGGAUGCCAUGCUGUCCCGUAUGAGCAGGUUUGUCAGCGUCGAAGCUGAAGACUACCUGGAUUCGACGUUGGAGAGGGAGAUCGAGUGCCUUAGCGUAUACAGUGAACGAUUGGCUCGAAUCGAGUCUGCUCUGCCCAGUGAUCAAUGAUUUCCGGACAUCGCACACAUUGGGAUGUCUUUUCCAAGUCCUCGUCGUAUUUUGUGGGUGGUCUCAAAUCAAUAGGAGGAGAACCUGCGUGAGUUUGAAGGGCAAUGAAUAUCUGCCCCUCGGGAAAAGUCUCCUCUUCUUCGAGCUUACAGGGCUCCUGGGGGACAGAGAUGGCGGAGGCGAGCGAGCACUGAUCCUACAGCCGAUCGGGCUUCGAUCAUCACUUUACAUACAGACUUGUAAGCUGAAGGGUGCGAGUACCCCUGAUUGAACCGGGAAACCAUAUAAAACGCAAAGGUAUUGAGAAG